UUGAUCAUUCUAUUAGACUGAUGGAUAUUUAAUUUUUUCCCUCUUUACUGUCCAAGGGAAUGUAUCAAUCCUCACCUUGGCCACAUGGUGGAGCCCGCGUCCCUCCCCAAAAAGCCCGCCCCGCUUCUUCCACAAGACUGCAUAUUUCCAAGAGACUCCGGAAGUUCUGCCCUUCACCGCUUCCCGCUCCUGGCAUAUCCCCAGUCAAGAUGGCGAUGUCGUUAGCUGUUCGUUCCUUACUGCUGCCGAGGCCGCGGCGUCUCUGGGGUUUGUCCAAAAAGUUCCUGCCUCGGAGGCCCAUAAAUUUUGGUGUGAACAGAUUAAGAAGCACACAAACAGCUGCACAGGUAGCUUUAAAUGUUCCUGAAACAAGAGUAACGACUUUGGAAAAUGGACUCAGGGUAGCCUCUGAAGACUCUGGGCUCUCAACAUGCACAGUUGGGCUUUGGAUUGAUGCUGGAAGUCGAUAUGAAAAUGAGAAGAAUAAUGGAACAGCUCACUUUUUGGAACAUAUGGCUUUCAAGGGCACCAAAAAAAGAUCACAGUUAGAUCUGGAGCUUGAGAUUGAGAACAUGGGUGCUCACCUCAAUGCCUAUACGUCAAGAGAACAAACAGUAUAUUAUGCCAAGGCCUUCUCAAAAGAUUUGCCAAGAGCUGUAGAAAUUCUUGCUGAUAUAAUUCAAAAUAGUACAUUGGGAGAAGCUGAGAUUGAACGUGAACGAGGUGUUAUUCUCCGAGAGAUGCAGGAAAUUGAGACCAAUUUGCAAGAAGUUGUUUUUGAUCAUCUUCAUGCUACAGCUUAUCAAAAAACUGCUCUUGGACGAACAAUAUUAGGACCAACAGAAAAUAUCAAAUCUAUAAAUCGUAAAGACUUGGUGGAAUACAUAACAACACAUUAUAAGGGUCCAAGGAUUGUGCUUGCUGCUGCGGGAGGAGUGUCUCAUGAUGAACUGCUUGACUUAGCAAAGUUUCAUUUUGGUAAUUCUUUAUCAAGAUGUGAAGGAGAAAUACCAGCUUUGCCUGCCUGCAGAUUUACAGGAAGUGAGAUUCGUGUGAGGGAUGACAAAAUGCCUUUGGCACACAUUGCACUUGCUGUUGAAGCAAUUGGUUGGUCUCACCCAGACACAAUCUCUCUCAUGGUUGCAAAUACUCUGAUUGGCAACUGGGAUCGCUCUUUUGGAGGAGGAAUGAAUUUGUCUAGCAAGCUUGCCCAGAUAGCCUGUCAUGGAAAUCUAUGUCAUAGCUUCCAGUCCUUCAACACUUCCUACACAGAUACAGGACUGUGGGGACUCUAUAUGGUUUGUGAACCAGCUACUGUUGCAGACAUGAUACACUUUGCUCAAAGAGAAUGGAUCCGGCUCUGUACAAAUGUCACUGAAAGUGAAGUUGCCCGAGCUAAGAAUCUUCUGAAAACAAACAUGUUACUGCAGCUUGAUGGUUCCACUCCAAUCUGUGAAGAUAUUGGUCGGCAAAUGUUAUGUUACAGUCGGAGAAUUCCCAUUCCUGAGCUUGAAGCAAGAAUUGAUGCUGUUGAUGCUCAGAAUAUUCGAGAUGUAUGCACAAAAUACAUUUAUAAUAAACACCCUGCCAUAGCUGCUGUUGGUCCCAUUGAGCAACUACCAGAUUAUAACAAAAUCUGCAGUGGCAUUCAUUGGCUUCGAGAAUAAGAAGAUUUUAAUCAAAAGAUUUUGAAAAUGUUAUUUGUAAAGCUGGGAAAAUUCAGGUUGUCCAUCAAAAAAGUAUCUGCAACCUAGUAGGAAAA